GGCAUCAUACAUCGCUGCGCGUUUCUGUCUCUCUCUCGCUUUUCGUCCCCUUCUUCUCCAACCAUGGUCGCGACCUUCGGCGUGCACGAAAUGCUCAACUCCACGGAAAUGAGCGCGCUUUUGUGCAAAUGGGGCGUCAGCAACUCUUCGGACUGUGAGCCUUGGAGAGUCGCAGCAGCCGACGUCGGCGUGAAAGAUUUGGGCGACGGCGUGCGGGUCUUUCUCUACUGCGUCAUCUUCCUGAUCGGCGUGGCGGGCAACAGCCUCAUCAUCGCGGUUCUCUCUCGGAACCGGCGGAUGCGCACCGUCACCAACCUGUUCCUGCUCUCCCUGGCCGUCAGCGACCUGAUGGUCUCCCUGGUCUGCAUCCCUUUCACUCUCAUUCCCAACCUCAUGCGGACCUUCAUCUUCAGCGACGGCACGUGCAAGAUGGUCAUGUACUUUAUGGCGGUCUCCGUGAGCGUUUCCACCUACAACCUGGUGGCCAUCGCGCUGGAACGCUAUAGCGCCAUCUGCAGACCGCUGAGCUCCAGGACGUGGCAGACCAAAUCGCACGCCAUGAAGGUCAUCGGCGCCACCUGGCUGACGUCCCUGUCGCUCAUGGUGCCCUACAUCUACUCCAGCUCCCUGAUGGCCUUUAAUCGGCGCGACAACACCGACGGCUUCAUGUGCCGCAUGACGUGGAAGAACCAAAAGCUGCUGGCAUAUUGGUACGUGUCCUUGUUGCUGCUGCUCUUCUUGCUGCCCGGCACCGUGAUGCUGACUGCCUACGGACUCAUCUCGCUGGAGCUCUACAAGGGGCUCAGGAUCCAGUUGUCCGACGGGACACGCCCCAGAGACAGAGCGACCAGCUUCGGCAGCCUUCGAGCCAGCAACGGCGACGGCUGCUACCUUCAUUUGGGGCCGCAGGGCACGGCGCCGCCGCAGGGCACGGCGCCGCCGGAGCGCCGCUCCGGCAAUACGGCCAACCUGCUGGCCAAGAAGCGAGUGGUCCGCAUGCUCCUGGUCAUCGUCUGCCUGUUCUUUGUGUGCUGGACCCCCAUCUUCGUGGUCAACGCGUGGAAAGCUUUUGACCAUCAGGUGGUCUCCCGUCUGACGGGCGCGCCCAUCUCUUUCAUCCACCUCCUGUCGUACACGUCCACGUGCGUCAACCCCGUCGUCUACUGCUUCAUGAACAAGCGCUUCCGCCAGGGAGCGGCGAGCACCUUCUCGUCCUUGCGGCUCAAGGCGCGCGCCGCCGUCCACCUUUGGACCAAAUGCCGCCAGGGACCCCAGCCCAGGUGCCAGCAAAGGGGCCAGGAGAAGCGGCGGGCCGAGGACCGACGGAGGUUGGGGCGGCACGCCGAGCAACUCGUGGCGGAGAAGGUGCGGGAGGCCCCCCGGCCCACCCCCGAGGAGCAGCUCCCCGGCGCCGGGCCGUCGGCCGGGGAGAUGGGCGAAACCUUCGUUGAGCUCGACGUCCGUCCGUACCCCGGAGGCGCAGCGGCUGGCUCCGCCUCCAGCGUCACCUCGCUGCCGGAAGUGCUCUGAAGUGGAUUUCAGUCAUCACGCAACUGUUGGGAGGGAGGGAGGGAGGGAGGGAGGGGUGGGGAGUGUGACCCAGGUUGCUUCAUUUGGGAACUCUGGACUACGGGACGUGGCCCGAGGCUACGCUGACGUUAAGGCCGCGCAACACCCGGCCGGGUAGCUUUCAAAGCUCUGCAGAAGCCCCAACAUUCUCUCUUCCUUAUAGGUCCUGCUCGUUUUCAAGGUUGACCUUCUUCACGCGUGCACCCCAUGCAAAUGAUUAACAAGCUGCUGCGGAGCUCGCUGAUGAGCCAGUCGAUCAUUGGAAUCGGGGGCUCACGCUGCCAAAGACAUCUGUAUGCUCACUUGAAAUGCAAAGGCCAAAAGCAAACGCGGUGAAGAAAGGACGAGCGAGCGAGCGAGCGAGCGUUAUCUGUGAGAGUGGGAUGGGUGGGGAACAGCAACACCUGCGCUUUGGAUUCCCAGAACUUGCACCAGCUCAAUCUGCAAACAAACAGCAGUGAGAAUGAGGUCACUCACAACAUUUCGCACAAGGCCUUUUACCUUACACAUGACUCCACGUAGAGAAGUCCCGGUGUGAGUGGCACCGAGGAGACAUUCUUGGGUUGCAAGAUCUUUGAUUAUUGUGCUUGUGCUGACCCAAUCCCCCCCCCCCCAAAAAAAAACAUACAAUGGGAGACUUUAUAUCACUUUUUUUAAUUCUCAUUUUCCCCUCGUGUUUUUUGUUUUCCAUGACAUACAGAUUGGAGCAUGAUCCGGAGCUGCGAUAUGUACAAAAACGAUGCUAUUCCCAAAAAAGAAUGGAGAGAGAGGGAAAAAGAAAGAGUGCAUCCCCUUGCUUUGGAAGCUUGCCAGCCAAUGAAGAACGCAAGGCAAGGCAAGGCAAGGCAAAGCAAGGCAAGGCAAAGCAAGGCAAAGCAAGGCAAAGCAAGGCAAGGAAGCUGACGCUGAUAUUAAAUAAGAAAAUAGUUAGCUGUGACACGUAAGGCUGAGAGCUACCUUUCCUUUUAUGAACCUUUUGCUAAAAAGUUAUGUUUAAAGCUGCCCACCCCUCACUGCACAGUGCACCAAAAAAAAAAAAAUUAAAAAAAUUACACCAUCAGACUUUUGGCAUUUGAAAGAGCUUACAUACAUUGUUCGGCGCUCGUUAUAACCGUGAAAAGAAAAAA